CUGAUCACCUCAACAUAUAAUCACAAACCUGCUACGCUGGGUAAACGGACAAAACCACAAAAGAUGAAGGGCAUUCUUAAAAAUAAAACCCUGAAGAUGAACCCUCUGACCAACGUUGAAGUGCAGAGCCACUCAAUAGGAGCGGUGCGGUGGACACUUCCAGAGGAAUCGGUGCAGGCUCACAGCUCAGCUCCCAGUGGCCAGUUCAAAAGCAGCAUCACAACCUCCACAUGCUCACAGCAAAGACAGCGGCAGCAGACCUUGAAAGACCUCCGCAGUCUGCAGGAGUGUGUUCAGUUCCUCAACCACUGGAAACUACAGGUGGCACAAGUGUGUAAGAAGGGUGAUGAUGCUGGUGAGGGAUGCAGCAAGUGGGCCUGCGAAGCAUCUGAGGAGCCUGAAGACCCCCGAACUGAGCGCAGUCUGGAGGAGAGCCGCAAACUCAUUCUGCAGUGGGCCGACGAACUCAACAGCGUCGACGUGAGUAAAUGGAGACAGGAGAAGUUUGAGCAUGGAGAGGCUGAUGAGCAGCAGAAGAAGGAUCAGAGUGAGCUGCUGCAGGACAGGGUCAUGGAGUGGGCCAGAGAGCUGCAGAGUGUGUCAGAGAGCUGUGGAGUGCUAGGAGACGAGCUGGCGCAGACGCUUCGUCUCCUCGGCCUGAGAAAGAAGAGGCUGGUGACUCUGAUGCCCCUGCUGGAGUUCAUCACCUGGUCUUUACUGAAGGAAGACAGCAAGGAUAUGGUCUCUCAGCUGUGGCUUUCUGCUAAGCAGCGCUCCUGGAAAGCAGGCACACAGCGAUACAUCCCCAACUCAGUAUGGAAAUGGGUCACCAGUGCAGCAGUUGACAUUACUCUUGACCCCAUAACCAACCACAAAUGGCUGCAGCUCUCUGAAGACCAGAAGAAGGUCCAGGAAAGCCUGCAGGAGACUGACCUGCCAUUCAGCCCUCAGCGCUUUGAUGGCUGGCCGUGUGUCCUGGGCUGGGAGGGAUACAUGGGUGGGCGCCACUACUGGGAGGUAGAUAUAGCAAACAAUGGCUACUGGAGAGUGGGGGUCACCACUGCAUCUGCCAAGAGGCAAGGACGCAUUCCCAUGAAGCCCUCCAAAGGCUACUGGACCCUGUGGAGGAGCACUCGGCAUUUCUAUGCCUGCACUGAACCAGAGAUCCCCCUGCCGCUCACGCUAGUGCCCAAGAAGCUGGGGAUUUACCUCGACUAUGAUGAGGGCCAGAUUUCCUUCUACAACGUAGAGAAUAAAUCUCACAUCUACACCUUCACCGGCCACUUCCGUGAAAAGCUGUACCCUCUUUUCGCCCCUCUGGAUGGAAGGACUGUCAUGACUGUAUCAACUCCUGAAGAUGCUAGUAGUUUGAAAAGGUGUAAACCAGUUUAA